AACGUAAUAAAAACAACAACAAGAGACGUAUCAGAGACUGAAUAGAACGUAUCGCCAUCAUACUUACUGUGGAGGUACCGGAAAUGUAAGGACAUUAUGCUUUUAUCCUCCCCAAAUUCAUUAUGGGAAAAUGACAAAAGACGCCAUUUUUGCUGUCGUCUCAAUCGCCAACAUUAGCAAAACAAAAGUAAUGGAGGGGAGCAACGAGAACAUAAGACAUUAAAAAUGUGGGGGAACUUUGGGCAAAUUCGUCAUAUGAUUUUACUUUGAUGGUACCGGAAGUGUGGAGAUUGUUUUUACCCACAUUAUGCCCACAAUUCAUCGGGAAAACCGUUGAAAAACUCGCGAUGUACCGGAUGUUAGUCCCUGAGUCACCCCGAAAUUCUUCGGGUCAACGCAGGGAGAAACUUUUCCGAAGUCGUAUAAAUAUUAUUUAACGAAGACUACCCCGACUGACACAGUCUGAACGCUGCUUGUGUUGGGGAAGCAUUGAGGUGAUUACCUGCAGUGUUUGGAUAACAUUUGUCCCCUUCGGGAAGCUGGUUUCUGUUUCCACGGCAACGCGGCGUUUGUCCUCGUGGCUGCGAGAGGGCGGAACCACAGAGAGACGACGGCUCAUCGGGAGUCCUGAAUGAUUCAAAGAUGCCAUUUCAGGACGGCGUCUACUACCCCUACAGCAGUGACACCCAAGGGAACCAUUCGUCAGCAGGGAUCCCAUCCCUCUUGAAUUCCCCACUCAGCCAGCGCUCAGUAAAGGUCCAGUCUUUACUGGGAAUGGCUCCAUCCGGCGCGCCACCCGCCAUUAUGCCUUUUAGGUUCCGCCAGCGUCGGGAAAGUGUAGAUUGGCGGCGGAUCCACGCUGUAGAUAUUGACCAGGUGAUCAGCCAGCUCGAGGUGGAUGUCCUUCAGGAGCACAUAAGCACCGUGACCUUCUGCAGCUUGGACGGGGAGCGGUGUCAGCGCUGUCAGAGCCCUGUGGACCGAGCGCUCAUCAAGAUCCUACAGCUGGCUCAGCUUACGGUGGAGUGGCUCCUCCAUUGUCAGGAAUGUCUCACAGUCAAUCUGCAAGCAGCGGAGGAGAGGUUGGCGAGCGCCAACAUGCAGCACGAGCAGCUACUGGCUCAGUUGAAGAAGCAGGACGACAGCAUGAUGGCGAUGACGGCCGAGCUCAAGAACCGGAGGAAAAUUAUACGUAAACAGCAAAGCCUGUUCGCGCCACAUAUCACCAACAGCCAAAAGUGUGCAUUUUGUAACAAGAAGUUCCUCACCACUUCAUUUCUUCAGAGUCACAUGCAGAGGCGUCACCCUGACGAGAAUGAUAUGCAGUUACAAUCAAACAGUGAAGAGAAAUCACAGAUACACUACUUGAAAUCGGAGAUGAACAGCCUAAAAGAGCAGAUUAUUCAACAGCAACAGACACUGGAAGCCAAAACGGCUGAAAAUCAAAAGCUGCAACGACACAUAGAAGAAAGUGAACUACAGAUACGAGAAAGUGAGAAGAAAUCUCAGAUUGAAAGCCUCAAACAGGAGAUUAAAAAUUUAAAGGAUCUUAUUCAACAUCAACACAUCAUACAAACAAGAACAGCAGAGGAUGAAAGGCAGCAGUCCAAGGACAAAGACGUGCUCAAAGAGUUGGAUCAUUUCAAAGCAGUGGAAAUGGUACACAUUCAAGCCAUUCAAAAGCUGGAACAGCAACAAAAACAGCAGGACAAAAAAUGGGAGUCCAGGCUUGGAAAAAUCACAUCUAUUCACGAGGCAGAAAAGAACGAUUUGCAAAAAGAGUUAAACAGAUUGCAGUCAACUGUGAUGGAGCGCCAGGAGCAGAGCAAGAGGCAGCUGCAGGAGAUGCGGAGGAAGUUGCAAGAGAAGGAGCAAACCAUCCGGGAUCAAAGGGAGCAGAUCCUGACUGCAUCUUCAAAUCCUGCUACUAAAAUACUCAAAGUACCAGCAAGUGCACCAGCCCCUGAGCCUAAACCAAAGAAAGUUAUACUUGACUUGACCAGCAUCCAGGAGAAGAAGCCGGUGGAGAAAAAGCCUCAAACUUUUACAGAGAAGAAAAACAAGGUGUCCACUAGAAAGAGCCCAAACAAAACUGAAAUCAAGCAACAAAUUGAGCAGGAUGUAAUGACGAAGCUUGAGAGCCUGGGAAUGAAGCCGGAGCAGAAUAAACUCAAAUCCAAGGAUCUCAGGUCCAUUCUUACAAAUUUGCGCACAAAGCAGCAGAGCCUUGGAAAGCAAUUGCCUGACUAUUGGCGCCAUCGUGUGGACAUAAUAAACACUUUAGAGCGGAAGUUGGCCCUGAAGUGGAAGGACAGCCACCAGUCUCCAAACAAAUCCAGACAUGCUUUUCAGGUGUUUCAGACGCGACCUCGAGCCAGCAGUUUACCCUCAAGGGUGAUCAAGGGUGUCUCUGAAGUUGUAGCUCGACAAGCUAAGACCCCCCAACCUGCUCCAAGAGUCAGGACCACCAUUCAACCAAAUACAUCUACACCCAAUUAUAAAGCUGCUCAGAGAGAACUUGCUCACAAAACGCCACCUUUCAGUUCUUUUGUGGAUUCAGACACAGAGGAGGAUGAGCUCCUUCACCAUCAGUGGGGCAGACCUUCCCAAGCAAGAGUACUUAGAGAGGAUGCAAUUGAAACCAAUGCAAGAAAACCCAAUUUGAUCCAGGCGAGACCGGUUCCAACUGGGCUCUCACCCUCCAUAAGCCAACUGGCCGUAGGCGUGACCAAGACGGCGAUCAUGGAGCUAGGGAAUGUCGAUGAUGAUGAGGAGGAUGAUGGUGACGACGAUGAUGAUGACGAUUACGCUGAUGACUUCUCAGACGUCAGUGAGUUGCAAGAGAUUGUUCCCGGGCAACUCCAGAGUUUCAAAGACCAGAAUGGUAAUGUAAAAAAGACAAGCUUUGCAACAGAAAACAAAGUCAGUGACCUCGCAAGGAAAAUUGAGGAACAGGUUUUAAAUAAAUCGACAAAGAAACCAGUAGGUGGAGUAAGCAUCUUACCGGAGUUGAAAGAUGAGGUUCAGGAAUUCUCUUCUUCAGAUCUCGAUGAGAGCAGCGAAUAUGCAUUUGAUGACAAAAAAGAUAAGAAACCGCCUCACAACUCUGGAACGAUGAUGAAAAGCCAGGACUCAGUCAGCACUAGCGUGUGGGAGUCCUCCACAGGAAAAGACACUUCCUUGGGAAAAGCUCCCAAAUCAGGCCUGCAAGCAGGACUGAAUGGGCCCUCGCAGUUUGGCGCAACUCGGAUGUCACGCAACUCGGACGGCACGAAGUGACUGGACUGGAGACUCUUUACCAUCUGGCAACCAUGGCUGUAACCUAUAUUAUUUGAGCAAAUCGGAAGCGUGAAUAAGGUAAUUUCCAAAUCAAGCACAAUAACAAUACACAAACUAUAAAUCAAUAUUAUGGUGUAUUGUAAGUUCCAACACGUUUAUGUUAGAAGUACACACUUAAUUUUUUUGUCCAAUCUCAAUGGUCAAAAAUCAGGAUAACAUUGCUUUAAAAAACACUUUUACUCAAACAAAGUCAUCCCUGCUGAAGGUGGCGGUCGUCUUUGUUGCAACUCUGCUUUGUCGACUCUUCCUGCCCUCAUAAAACAGCGGUGGCCCCAGAGUCACCCUGGAGGAGGUAGGUGGCAGCAUGUAGGACUUUCGGGUCCGGGCGGUGGCGUAAGUGGCUGGUCGCCGUGGGCGGUUUGAAGAACUGUACAAGGAACAGAUUUGAAGAUUUAUUGCAUCAGUGAAAAGCUGUAUCAAAUUAGAAUUAUAUGGCGGAAAACACAAGAGUGAAAAAGCAGUUUCUGCUCUUGCAACCCUCUUUAAAAUAAACUGCUGUAUUUUAUGCCAGAAGAACUGUUGUGUUCGAUAGAACAAUACGUUAUAUGCUUCCAUAGCAGAUUCAUGGCACAAUAAGCCCCCAAACUAUUUUUAAUUUGUCCGUUUUACCCUGGAAACCCCUGUUUACAGACGUAGUGCAACCGUUUUUGUUUCAACCUAGCCAUAAAAAGAAGGUAAGUAAUCAUAUUUAUUAUUUGAAAUGUCUGUCAUUUUUAGCUUAGAAUCAUUAAUUGAUGUUUAAUCUUUAGUUAAAAAAAAAAAAAAACGACUUCAAAAAAUUAUUCACAUUUAUUUUGUCACAAUGAAAAAAUUGGCGUCUGUAAAAAAGUCACAGAUGUCCACCGCAUAACUAUUGCUUAAUUGUAUUGUUUUCGUUACUGUCGCAUUUUCCCCAAAAUUUUAGAUGAUAAAUAAUUGAUCCAAAAACAGAAAAAUUGGGGGGGGGGGGGAACGUUUAAAAGUGUAAAUAUAUGAAAAAGAACAUCUCGACCACUCCUUGAUGUCUGCGAUUUCUGCAUCGCGACCCUUGUUAUAUUACCAUGUUUCACCCAUAAAAUCCCCCAAAAAUCCGGCUGUGGCCAUUCACAUCUGUGUUUUGACACUCGGUGAUACAUGCUACAUGGAGUUUUUGGAUUGAAACAAGGUAAGUAAGCGAUAAUAUCUCGUUAAAAUCAUGGCGUCUUUAAUUCUGCUCUCGCAUGCUCUCACCUCCAGUCACCUGAGUGUUUUCCGCCAUAUACUCUGUAUACUGUAUAUAUACAGUAUAUAUAGGAUAUAUUUUUUUUUACCUUGAUGGAAGGCCUUCUUUUCCAGAAAAGUAACUUAACACCGUCCCACCAGAGAGCAAGAGGACAGAACCUCCCCAGCCGACGAAAACUGCAGCUCCAAGCUCAAAUCUGAUUUUUGAUGUAAAUGGUUUAUGAUAUAUAUUUUCACCCAAACAAGCAUACACAUGUUUUUCUGCAAAUAUACUUACUUUUGAGCUCUGAAAUUGGGGUCAAGAAAUUCUGUGAUGACUCUGUUGGCCCACCACGAGUAAGUGAUCAUACCACAGAAGCCUAGCACAAAGAUAAAGCAUCCAUUUUUUUUUUCAUUUCAUUCUUUCUAUUUUUGGCCAAAAGCAAUGGUGGAAUUUUACGACAUGAAAGUACUUUGUUACUGUAUUUAAGUUCACUUUUAUGUAACUGUAUUCAUAGACUUUAUAAUGAUAAUGACGGGGCGUGGGGCCGAUUAAUAGGGGGCCUGCAUUGUUGGCGUGGCCAUCAAAGCUGACCGAGUGGAAUCAGAGCUUUUUUGUUGAAAAUUCUUGUGAAUAAAUGCUUAAAUCCCUGGAUUCUUUAUAGACAUGGAAGUAAAACAGUCUCGAUUCUUGGUUAAAAGCAAAGACUGUUGCGUUAGCAUUUAUGUAACGUAAAUAUGUUGAAGUACGAUGAUAGUCUGUCAGUCAAUGUGGCGGCCGCCAUUUCUAAACAAAGCUUUUCCGGUGAAAUUUCUUGUGAAUAAAUGCUUAAAUCCCUGAAUUCUUUAUAGAUAUGGACGUAAAACAGUCUCGAUUCUUGGUUAAAAGCAAAAAAAAAAAAGACUUAGCAUUUAUUUUACGUAAAUAUGUCAAAGUACAAUGCUAGUCUGUUAGUCAAUGUGGCGGUCGCCUUAUGUAAGGCAAGGCAAGGCAAAUUUAUUUAUAUAGCACAAUUCAACACAAGGCAAUUCAAAGUGCUUUACAUCACAUGAAGAUCAUAAAAAUCACAUUUAAAUCAAUACAACGUUAAAACCAAGACAAUCAAAAUCGGAAAUAAAAUUAUACAUAAAAAUAGCAUUUAAUCACAAAUAGAAUAAAAAUAAAACAAAAACUACUACAACUACUAAUAAUUGAAAUCAGCAAUGGAGAUAAGCACAAGAGGAAUAGAAAGCAAGUAGAUUGAAAUAUAUAGACAGUUAUGGAUAUGCAGUGCUAAACAAAAGCGUUUUAAGCCCUGAUUUAAAAGAGCUAACAGUUUGAGCAUACUUCAGACGUUCAGGUAACUUGUUCCAGAGGUGAGGAGCAUAAUAACUAAAUGCUGCCUCACCCUGCUUGGUUCUUGUUCUUGGAACAUGCAGGAGACUGGUUCCAGACGACCUUAGGGGUCUAGAUGUCUCAUAGGAAUCUAACAAAUCAAGCAUGUAUUUUGGUCCAAGGCCAUUAAGUGUUUUGUAGACGAGCAGUAGUAUUUUAUAGUCUAUCCUUUGACUCACAGGAAGCCAGUGUAGCGAUUUCAAAACCGGUGUAAUGUGGUCCAGCUUCCUUGUAUUUGUGAGGACUCUGGCUGCAGCAUUCUGUACUAGCUGCAGCUUCCUGAUUGAUUUUUAAUCAAGACCUGUAAAUAUACCGUUGCAAUAGUCCAAUCUGCUGCAAAUGAAUGCAUGCAUAAGUUUUUCCAUGUCUUGUUGAGUCAGAAGCCCCUUAAUUCUGGUUAUAUUUUUUAGGUGGUAAUAAGCAGAUUUAGUGACGGACUUUAGAUGGCUAUCAAAUUUUAGGUCUGAGUCAAUAAUUACGCCAAGGUUUCUGACUUGAUUUGUAGCUGUAAGUGACAUUGUGCUAAGUUGCCUGCUUAUAUUUGACCUUUCCUUUUUUGGCCCAAAAAUGAUCACCUCUGUCUUCUCCAAAUUCUGGCACAUCCAUUCAUUGAUUUGAUGAAUGCAUUUACUCAGGGAGAAUAACGGACUAUAAUCAUGUGGGGACACAGAAAUGUACAGUUGUGUGUCAUCUGCAUAGGCGUGAUAGGAGAUGUCAUACUGUUCCAUUAUCUGAGCUAAGGGAAGCAUAUAGAUGUUACAUAAGAGUGGUCCAAGAAUUGACCCUUGAGGGACUCCACACGUGAAUUUGGUUCGUUCUGACUGAUGGUUUCCGAUUGACACAAAGAAAUCCUUAUCAUGUAAAUAAGAUGUAAACAGAGCUUUUCCGGUGAAAAUUCUUGUGAAUAAAUGCUUAAAUCCCUGAAUUCUUUAUAGAUAUGGAUGUAAACAGUCUUGAUUCUUUAUUAAAAGCAAAAAAAAAAAAAAAGCGCAGUUAGCAUUUAUUUUAUAUAAAUAUGUGGAAAAAUGAUGCUAGUCUGUUAGACAAUGUGGCAGCAGCCUUACAACAAAGAGCUUUUUACAUUGAAAAUUCUUGUGAAAAAACGAAAAAUAUAAUAAAUGACCUUGAAUCCUUGAACAAAUCACUCCUGAGGCAAUCCUUCCUGUUUUUGUGCGGUGCAGCUUUCGUACUUUUUCAACAUAAAUCCGGCGUUUUCCACCAUGAUUUGCAGAUAAAUUCUUUAAAAAUCAAUGUGAUUUUCAUUUUUUUUUUUCCCACAUUCUGGCUCUCAUGGUUGAGGUUUACCCAUGUUGACAAUUACAGGCCUCUCUAAUCUUUUCAAAUAGGAGAACUUGCACAAUUGGUAGUUGACUAAAUACUUAUUUGCCUCACUGUAAGUAAAAAGUGGUGCUUAAUUUACCUGAAGCCAGAUAGGUGAUUCCUCCCGCAAAGGUCACUCUUGCAUUUGCAAUUUCUGAUCCGCCUAUUUUGGUGCACUUCAUUCCAAUUAGGGUGAGAACGCCACCAAAGAAGCCAGUGAUGACUGCACAGACUGCCAAAGCUCGGCAGGCGUGCAGGAACGCUGCAAGGAAAUCAUGCAUAAUGAGUGGUAGGUAGUCAUGCUUUACAUUUACUUGUGUAACUUUGAGAAAAAUUCACUUACUUUUAAGAGUAGUUUUACCACAUUAAUACUUUUUACUUGGCUACACCAGAGUCGUUACAUUUUUCUUCUUUAUUUUGCAAAUUAGAUUUGCUAUAUUUUUGCCAGAGAUGCCUAGUUUCACCAAUGAAACGUCGCAAUAGUAAUCACAUGACUCCAUGUUGCCAAUCAGAACAAAACAACAAAGAACAAAACAAGUCCUAUGAUCACCGCGGCCUGUUCAAUCACGCGGUGCCUUUAAAGCGCCGUAAAAAAUUAUUUUUAUUUUUAUUCAUAAUUUAUUACUUUUGCUCUUUGUAAGUGAUAUCUGCAAUAGUAACAUCAGUAUUAAGAAUUUAGUGUAGGUUUUCGGGCUGUGGAACAAAUUCAUGGAUAUAUAAUGUAUUGUUAUGGGAAAAUCAUGCUCAACAUGCGACCAUUUCGACUUACAAACAAGGUCCUAGAAAGAAUUAACUUUGUAUGUAGAGGUACCACUGUACUGUAUUUUGUUUAAUGGUGGAGAAUUUACUGCCCUCUGGUGGCAGCGUUGGCAGAGGCGUCACGUCCCAUUAGGCAAACCAGGCAUUUACCUAGGGCCCCCAGCCAGCAGGGGCCCCCAGUGGGCCAACAUGUUUAGCACAUGCAGCUUUACUGCACUGUCGCAGCGACAAGUGUAGGGAGUGGUUCAAUACCAUGGAAUCAUUUGGCAGAUUAUCUAACGAUUGUGUUAUCUAUCCCAGUCAGCACAAACCAUGUCACAUAGACUAUACAUGUUUAAGAAAGUCCAACCAGCUAUCAAUACCACAUGACUGUUUUAAGAGUGACUCACCAAGUACUCUCUGAAAAGUCCUUGCUGAGUUGUUUUACGUUGAUUUUCAAAGGCCACCUCAUUAUUCAUGUGACUACUUAAAGAAAUGGGGAUUUUUCCAAAAAAGUCUAUUAAUGGGUCUAUCGUAUUCCUCGUCAAAUACUCUAUAAGAAAAAUAUAACAUAUGCAUCUAAAACAAUCCUAAACAAUUUUAUUAGCAAUUUUAAUACUCCUUUUAGCAAGGUUCCUUGGGUACAGGGUUUGCGUUAACCGAAUAUUUUCCGUCGUUGACCGUUUUUUUAAAACGGUGACGGAAAAAACUGAAGUCCAUCCGUCAUUUUGACAGGUUGCAAUUCACACCCCAGACCACAGGGUGGCGAGUGAGCAUAUUAAUUAGCUAUUGUCUCUCUUGACACAUGACGUCGUUGGCCUUACUCGGAAAAAUGUCAAGGCAACUGAGUGUUUGCCUGGCACGGCCAGACUGUUCUCCCUGUAUUUUUCAAACACUGAGAGAAAAGUCUGGGACACAGCCUCUCGAGUAGGUACAAAAUCAAUCGACAAAUCAGAUUUGUUAAUUUGCGUGACGUGUUCUUCACGAGCAACGUCACUCUUGCGCGCCGAAAGUGGUCUCUACAUCAACACGGAUGGCGACAGGAGAGCCGAGAAUAUGUUCCAACCCGCGGUAAAUUCAGUUUUAAAUGAGCUAAAACACAUCGACACGAGUCAUUGACAACAGUCUGUCUCGCGCUAGCCAUGUUGAAUAAACUCCGUUCUCCUCGUAUGUUUACUUCCGCGCGCAAGUCCCUCGUCCUGCCCUCGUCGCUUUGCUAACGGCACGUCUGCCUGUCGCUGAUUGGUGCACUCCGCUGUCUGUUUGCCUCUUGUUAAGCUUGUUCGGACGGAAUAUUAAUUAAAAAUGAAUGAAAACUAAAUACUAUUGAAUAUGUCAUUAUUAUCAUUUUAAAAAUGUAAGUGACGGGUAAAAAUAGAUUAUGACCGGAUUUUUAUGACACUGUCAGUCAAAAUGACACACAACGAAAAAGUCUAGCGCAACCGCUGCUUGGGUAUGCUUACGUUCCCAUAGCAACCAGUCCUGUUAUUGUCCUACGUCACAAGGGCUGCGUAUUCUAGGAGCGAGAAUAGGCGUAAGGUGCGCAUUUCGUGCAGAGGACGGCCACCUGUUAAAAUGUGUGCGUCCAUGAACGAAUAUAAGUACUUCCAUAUGAGUCAGUGCAAAGUGCUAAAUUUUCGCCACUUUUAUGAAUCAUGCAAUGGGGGGGGGGCACUUUGAGUGUCCUAAAAAGCGCUUAGGCGUUAUUAGACUUUUAUUAAAUAUGCUAUUGCUCCAAUUCCAACUGUCCCCGUUACUUGCACACGCUCGAAGGUCCCCAUGUUAGUUGUUGCCUGGGGCCCCCAGGGACCCUUGCUACGCCUCUGAGCAUUGAGGCUGGCUGGACUGUAGCCUUGUAUGAUUGAGGAGCAGAGUCGUCUGACAUGGAUGAAGGACAGACAGCUGCACUUUGGUUUGGCCCACAUCAGGCUGUAAGUUGUUUCAGCUAUUAUACUGUGUGUUUGUGUAUGCAUUUGUUAUUAAGUUUAGAGCGACACUUUGUGGAGUUAUGUGUGAACGAUUUGCUAUGAGAUUUGUAAAUACGUUCGCAUUCAUGCUAGCGGACUUUUGUUAGGCAAUUUAGUUGAU